UAUUGCUGCUCACUGUGGCGCCAUCACACCACGCCCGCGUACUCUCCCUCCUGCACCGCCUCCUGCAGGUCCAGCUGGGGGGUACAGUAUGCUGCCAGGGUUUGUGAUGAACCAAGGUUAUGAUGCCACGUCCGACGCCUCAACACUACGCAUGCCCGACACCCCGCACCAGAGGGCUUUCCCUCUCUCCCGGAAGGAAUCUUACAAAGAUCAGCGACGGAAGUACCGGCGGGAGAAGAAGCGUGUGGCUAGGGAGCUGUUGAGCACGCUGAAGGACCCGGCGGUGGUGGUGCUGGCUGACUGGCUCAAGGUGCGCGGCUCACUCAAAGGAUGGACCAAGCUGUGGUGUGUGCUCAAGCCUGGCAUGUUACUCCUCUAUAAGAGUGCCAAAGUCAAGAGCAGCCACUGGGUGGGGACAGUGUUACUUAACACAUGUGAAUUGAUUGAGCGGCCAUCAAAAAAGGAUGGAUUCUGUUUCAAGCUCUUCCAUCCUCUUGAACAGUCUAUCUGGGCCACCAAGGGACCUGAGGGGGAAACAAUGGGGGCAGUCGUGCAGCCACUUCCCUCGUCGCACCUUAUCUUCCGAGCCCCAUCGCAGGCAGCGGGAAAGUGCUGGAUGGACGCCAUGGAGCUGGCUGUCCGAUGUUCCUCCAUUCUCAUCCGAUCCAUGACCUCCUCAAAUAAGACAGAUGCCAACAAUUCCAUCAACUCUUCUACUCUCGCAGCUGAUAAGUGGAAUGAGUCUGAUUAUGAGAAGCACUUUAAUGACCAAGAUAUAUCUGAUGACUCAAGUACCGGUGUGAGUCCAGAAAACAGUCCAGUAACAUCGCCUCAGUCAGUGUGGCGGGACUGUACCAUUCACCUUGCUGGUGCCUCUAGUGUGGAGGGCACACCCACCCAUAAGGUCCUACUUGGUGGCGGGGUAAACCGGGAUCCAUCACCAACUCCGUACUAUCGUAGGUUGGCAGCAGCCAUUCACUUGGCUGAUCAGGAGCUUAUGGGUGAAUGCUCCAACAAGAGAAUGUCAUUAACUCCUGAAGAUGCCAGUUAUUCUGAACACUCACAGGGAAACACACCUAAGAAGCAUAAGAGACCAAAGAAGUACUUUGUGAAGGCCAGCCCCAAGAUUAUUGAAAAGACAACAAAACUGGAAAAGAAUGACCUGGACGAUGCAAGCCAUACAGAUGAGAACGAAUACCAUCGCGAAUCUGGUCACUUUUCUGGAGCAGAGGCAAUGUCUGGGACAGAGUCGGAGUCUGAGGACGGCUCUCACAAAGGUGAUGACGAGAGGAGGGAGGACGAAGAGGAUGAAGAGCUAAAAGAUGACCAGACUCCCAUUGAAUCUGCAUAUAUAGCCACUAAGGAAGGGGAGAUGGGGGAGGCUGGAGAACAAGUAGAAGAAUUAGAAGAAGAGAACAAGUCUCUGAUAUGGUUUUUGUUGAAACAAGUUCGACCAGGGAUGGAUUUAUCCAAAGUGGUGCUGCCAACAUUUAUUCUUGAGCCAAGGUCCUUCCUCGACAAACUCUCAGACUACUAUUAUCAUGCUGAUCUACUCUCAAAAGCCGUACACGAGGACGACCCAUUCACACGUAUGAAAGACGUCGCCAAAUGGUACCUGUCAGGAUUUUACAAAAAGCCAAAGGGACUCAAGAAGCCGUACAAUCCUAUCCUCGGGGAAACUUUCCGCUGCUACUGGAGACAUCCCAACGGGUCACGGACCUUCUAUGUUGCUGAGCAGGUAUCACAUCACCCUCCAGUUUCUGCACUGUAUGUAACCAACAGACAGGAAGGGUUCUCUAUCACCGCUACUGUGUUGGCAAAGUCUAAAUUCUAUGGCAACUCCACGUCUGCUAUACUGGACGGCAACGUUCUACUAACGUUGUUACCUCGUGGGGAAGACUACGUGAUGAACAUGCCAUAUGCCCACUGUAAGGGCAUCCUCAUGGGUACACUGACCAUGGAACUCGGUGGAAAAGUCUGCAUAGAGUGUGAGAAGACUGGCUAUAGAACAGAAUUGGAGUUUAAACUACGG